AUGGCCGACGAGCUCGACACGCUCGUCAAGGGCGCACCGCCCCCGGGCAAGGAGCUUAAGGCCGCCGUCGGCACCACUGGCGUCGUUCCCGACUCUGGAAAGCAAGGCGACCCCUUGAGCCACACCCCGAGCUCUCCGUCCAUGAUCUACCUGAAUCUUCUCAUCCUCGAAGCCUCCUUGCGCGCCCAGUACCUCGAGCUCCGCGCCCGCCGCCGCCAUCAUACCUUCUUCUUCACUCUGCUGACAGCUUGGAUAAGCGGCUUCGGGUACGCCCUCUUCUUCGCCCCGCGCGAAGAUGGCCGCGGCGUUGGCGGCUCCGUCUACUGGGGAGUCGAGACAUUUGAAAAGAUCUGCUUUAUGGGAGGUGUCAUGACCGCCAUACUGGUUUGGGCUACAGGAAUAUGGGAGCGAGGCAUACGCUGGCCGCGGCGUUGGUUUGCCAUCUCCAAUAGAGGUCUGCGCGGCUUCAAUUCCAAGCUAGUCAUCAUCCGCCGCUCUUGGUGGGCCGAGUUCCUUUCCACUCUCGGCUUCUUCCUAACCUACGGACUUUUCUCCCACACUGCGAGCUCCUCCUACCGCUACGUCGAGCCCUCCGUCCUGCGUGAGGUCGAGAAGGAACUGAGCCUCACCGCCGAGAACCACCCGACAAUGCCCAUCCUGGUCGAGGACGAAGAAAAGGGCGGCCACGAGGAGGACCUGGCGCCAGGCGGAGACUACGUCAAGCUGCUCCUUCUGGCCAAGCCCUUCACGCCGACCUUCCGAGAGAACUGGGAAAUCUACCGCACCGAAUACUGGGAAAAGGAAAACGAGCGCCGCGCCCUCAUCCAGAAAAAGCUCGCCGCCCGCGAUCGCCAAGUCGCCAAGCAGCGCUGGGGCAUCUUUUGGUGGCUUCCCUGGCAUCGCAUCGACCGCUCCGGCCCUGCGCCCGUCCGCCAACAGACGCCGGAGAAGGCAACGAUCCACCCCCGCGCCGCCGCCAUCGAGCGCGAGCACCGACGCCGUAGUAGCACUUCCCGCACCCGCCGCCGCAGCUCGACGAGCUCGAACCGCAGCUUGGCGCCGUCCGUCGCGGCCACUAGCGACGACGGCGACGGCACCGUCAGCAGGAAAGCCAGCACCGGGUCCAACGCGUCGGACAAGAGAAAGAAGAAGGUGGCGUCUAUGUCCAAACCGAAGCGGCCUCAUGUCGAGUCGAGGUCCGUCACUCCCGAGAUACCCUCGCCGCUGUCCAGGGAGAGCAGCGUCAGCCGCAGGGAAAGCGGCUCCGGCGCCGAAUUAUUGGCGGAGAGGUCGCUGAGGCACUCGUCGUCUAAGGCCAGCAUCAGCUCCUCCACCAACUCCGUAAGGGAGAAACAGCGUAGACUCGGCGAAGCAUAG